ACCAUUCUUUGUUUCUUGGCGCACUCCAAGUCACAAUGGAACAUUUCAACAAAGCCAAAGCCGUGAAGCUCCGCAGCCACCUCGGCAAGUACCUCAUCGCCGACGAGGACAAACUCCGUCAAAGCAAACGAGGCUCAACAAGAAAGGCAAUAUGGGAAAUUGAACUAAUAAACGGAAAGAACCACCACGUGCGGCUGAAAAGCUCCAACGGCCGUUACCUAACGGCGACGGACGCGCCGUUUCUCUUAGGCAUGACGGGGAACAAGGUGGUGCUAGCGAAUUUCGACAAGGGCACGGAUUGGAAGUUCGAGUGGGAACCCAUAACGGAGGGGUUCCACGUGAAGCUGAGAAGCUGGUGCGGGAAGUACCUCAGAGGUAACGGCGGCACGGUGCCAUGGAGAAACUCCGUUACGCACGAUGACCCUGCUAGCUCCGUUACUCACACUUGGAUCUUGUGGGCUUCGGAACCCGUGCAAGAGUUUCCUGAGAAAAUGGUUUCUUUCGCCGAGAGCGACUUUUCGUCGUUGGAUUCGGAGGAUGAGCUUCUGGCCUCGGAGGAAGAGUCUUCGAGAAGUCACAAGUCCAUGCUCAAGACAACAAGUUCCAACACCUCCGGCGCCACCUCGAUCCGUUCCGGCAUGGAGCUCUUCCACCGCGCGAAGGCGGUGCGCCUCCGCAGCCACCACGACAAGUACCUCCUGGCCGACGAGGACGAGGAGUCCGUCACGCAAGACCGCAACGGAUCCUCCCGCAACGCCAAGUGGACGGUGGAGCUCAUCCCGGAGUUCGACAACAUCAUCAGACUCAAGAGCUGUUACGGAAAAUACUUGACGGCGUCCAACCAGCCGUUACUGCUCGGCGUGACGGGGCGCAAGGUGGUGCAGAGCUUGCCGCGGCGGCUCGACUCCUCCGUGGAGUGGGAGCCCGUGCGCGACGGCGCGCAGGUCAAGCUCAAGACCCGUUACGGGAACUUUCUGAGAGCGAACGGUGGGGUCCCACCUUGGAGGAACUCCGUGACGCACGAUAUCCCGCAUAGGACCGCCACACAGGAUUGGAUCCUGUGGGAUGUGGAUGUUCUCGAGAUUCAUGUGGUGUCCCCUGCUCCGCCUCCGAUUCCGCACUCCGAUUCGCUUGAUUUCGAAUCGAAUACUCCUUCUGCUGUAAACAUCAAAUCUACUACCUUCUCCAGACAAGAGUCGACGGAUUCGAAUGUGGGUUCGCCGCCAAAGAAGAUGGAGGGGAGGACUAUAUACUACCACGUUGCAGAAGAUAAUGGGGAUGUGGAUGAUGAGAAUGUGCAGGGUUAUUCUUUGAAUUUCAAAGGGAAUGGGGUUGAGCAGUUAGCUCGAAAGUUUGAGGAAGAGACUGGGCUUGAGGGAGUUAUUGUGUGCACUCGAAGUCCUUUGAAUGGAAAACUCUACCCUCUUCGCUUGCAGCUUCCUCCAAACAAUGUCACCAUGCAGGUUGUUUUGGUUCUUCCCUCAUCUAAAGUGGCAAGAGAAUUUGAGGAGCAAGGUAUACUAUGACAAGCUACAUUAUUGUUGGAGUCUUGAAUCUACUGAAAUGCAAGGCCUAUGUACGUUGUGAUCCAAGCGUGUUUCAAAUUUUAUGUGAUAGCAUUUAACAAUAUGUUGCAAAACUCCACCUAUUUCAAGUGAGUCCAUUGCAUUUAUAAGGCAGAGUUCACCAAGGUCCAAUGGAGGUAACUUAAAGUUUCCAUGGCAAGGUUCAUAUCAGCAAUAUCCUCUAUUAAGUGGUGUGGAAGGGUUGUAGAUGAUUCUGAUGGAGAUGAAAGUCUUUGUUAGGCUUCCUAUUUAUUAGUGCUAUAGCUUUAAUCUUUAGCCUAUUCUUGUGGAUUCAGAUAUUUGUUGUUUCUUUCUCUGUUGGUAAUUUUCUGUUUUUCAUGUUUUUUUAAGGUGUAUCAUUUGUAUAGACAACUUUUAUCAGAAAACUAGAGGUAUAUUUUUUAUUCAUAUAUAAAUUUAAGGUAUUAGAAGCAUUUUUUAAUCA